CCCGCGCCUCCUUGCCGAUAAGGCCAAAGGAGAUAUUUAAAUUUAGAAUCCUUCGCCCUUUCCACUUUUUUAUUUUAUAAAAAAGAAGUGCUUUCGCGCGAAUCUGUUUCGGCCAGUGUGUGUCUGUCUCAUAUCGUGUAUGGGUGCGUUCAUUUGAAAUCAAAAUGUCAAGAGCAUAUUAUACAGUGAAUGAUGAUGUUUACGGGAAGAUUUUAAAAACUAAAAAGGAAACGAAAGCGGAAGCGGAUUAUGCAGAAGUGUUCGAAGCUGUUGAAGGAUUAGAUGCCUUGCUUGCCGAUCUACAGAACUCAAUAAAUCCGGGACGCGUGUCGAGUCCCGGAGCUAGGACGGGAUCGCCGGGAGCGAGGACCACGUCCCCCGGCAGGACGACUUCACCCGGCAGGACCGCCUCUCCAAUCGGCAGAAGUUCUCCAGGACGCCUCAGUUCCCCUGGAGGAAGUCUCAGUUCUCCCACGUCGACGGGAUACGGAUCUAUAAAUGGAUCCAGAAAUAACACCACAGAAUAUAAUAAGCCUAGCUCUCCCACAUACCAGAAUACGUCGACCUUCCACGAGAAGUCAGUACCAAAGUACAACACAAAUCAGAGCUAUGGCGGCCACUCACCAGGGUACCAGACGACAGGCUACGGCAGGACUAGGGGAAACCUUUCAGAACUUGAUACCCUACUGGAUGACUUGAGCAAUGCGCGUUACGGAAAUUAUGUUGAGAAAACUACAUAUAAUGAGAGAAAUGAAGGAUAUUCGAGAGCAAACGGCGCGACCAGUCCAGCGUCAUCCCGGCCCACAGUCGACUCCCUUCUCGAUCAACUCAGCACUGACGUACCUAAUGGUCGCGCAUCAGUAUCACCUGUCCCGCCUUCGCCGGUGGGAUCUGCCGCGGGCACAUUGCCGCGGCCAGGCACCAAGCAGGUGACGGUGACCGUACAGGAGACGGUGGUGGAGCCCGCGCAGGCGCAGCACCAGCCGCCGCCAACUCUCGCGCCGAGGCACCACCACCAUGCCUCCAGUGCUACCAAGGAGCUGGAUGAUCUGAUGGCAUCGCUGUCCGAUUUUAAAGUUAGCGGUUCACCGACAGAGAGCGGCGCACACGUGUACCGAGAGAAGCGCGCGUGGCAGGAGCAGUACCGCACCAAUCCGCGACAGCCGGAGUCCGCCUCGCUAGAGCAUAUGCUCGGCUCCCUGCGGGCAGACAUGAGCCGCCAAGGAGUACAGACCCCCCAGAAGGGAUGCUGCAACGCCUGCGAGAAACCCAUCGUCGGACAGGUGAUCACCGCGCUGGGCCGCACCUGGCAUCCUGAGCACUUCACCUGCGCUCACUGCAACCAGGAGCUCGGCACCAGGAACUUCUUCGAGCGCGACGGCAGGCCGUACUGCGAACCGGACUAUCAUAACCUCUUCUCGCCGAGAUGCGCGUAUUGCAAUGGCCCCAUUCUAGAUAAAUGCGUGACCGCUCUGGAGAAGACGUGGCACACUGAGCACUUCUUCUGCGCACAAUGCGGUCAGCAGUUCGGGGAGGAAGGGUUCCACGAGCGGGACGGCAAGCCCUACUGCCGCGCUGACUACUUCGACAUGUUCGCGCCCAAGUGUGGCGGCUGCAGCAAGCCCAUCAUGGAGAACUACAUCUCCGCACUCAACACUCAGUGGCAUCCCGAUUGCUUUGUCUGCAAGGAAUGCCGCGAACCAUUCCACGGCGGGUCGUUCUUCGAGCACGAAGGGCAGCCAUAUUGCGAGACUCAUUACCACGGCAAGCGCGGUUCGCUGUGCGCCGGCUGCCACAAGCCCAUCGCCGGCCGCUGCAUCACCGCCAUGUUCAGGAAGUUCCAUCCAGAACAUUUCGUAUGCGCAUUCUGUCUACGACAAUUAAAUAAAGGCACUUUCAAAGAACAAAACGACAAGCCAUACUGCCAUGCUUGCUUUGACAAGCUCUUUGGUUAAGAUUCUAGAUUAUUAUUUUUGUCUAUGGAAAUUGCAAACUGUCAAAGUGACAUUUUAUUAAAUGAAAAAUCACAAAUAUCAAACCGAAUGCAAUGUAAAUAUAUAAUGAAUGUAUGAUUUUGGAGAAUAUUAGAAUAAACUAAAAAGUUUGUAAUUUUAAAUUUUGACAUACUGUUAUAGGCUCGAACUUUUAAUGUAUGUACUUUUUUCUUUAAAACCAGUAUACAAAGGUUUCAUAUGAGAUUAAACUUGAAAAACGGUGCGAUAAAUUUUUACGACCUAGAACUUAAUUUCUUGGAUAUUGACAUUUUUAAGAACUACUUUAUAUAAUUGUAUUUAUUUACCGCUCAAACUUUCUCUAAACGAUUCCUUUUACAAAACAUAAUAGCAAGUAUUCAUUAUUAAAAAAUAUAUUACUUCAUAGAUUUGUAAAAAAAAUCCCUUUACAAUUACAUAUUCUAGUGAACUGUGACUAAAAGGUGUAUGUGAUGAAAAUUAUAGUGUUGGUUCUACAAAAUAGUUUCGAAAAAAAAAUAUGUAAAAAUGUGCUACACGAACGAAAAUGUCACAGACAUUUAUUCGAUCUAGGUUAUGUUUAAGUCUAUGAGAUUGUUGACUCAGUACUGCCACAAAUGUAUCAAUUUAUAUUUAAACAAAAGAAUAAAAAAAUAUUUUUUUUGACAUUUUCGAAAUUUGAAUAAAUUA